AUGUCUGUCUAUGUCACAGUCCGAUUACCCAGAAGUGAUUCUGCAUCUGCAAUUUCCAUAUCAACCCGUGUGCAACGCUCCGUCGACUCGUCUAAAUCGAUGAUGAUGUUCGUGAUAUCCAAGAGAAGGGGGCAAAUAGUGGAAUCAACAUUGUUACAUGUAUCAAAAGAACUAUCGAGUGGAUCGGAAGAUGAUCUCGUGGUGGUACCAAACGUGCCAAUGCUAUCAGCAACGAGUCAAUCCCGUCAUGCAGCCCGUUUUCUGCGUCUCGCGAUGGCAUCGAUAAUGGAUAUCCUGAAGAUAAAGCCCUUCGUCGAGGUCUCAAUUGGUCAACUCCUCUGGGGCUACGAGGAUCCUCUCCUCAAGCUCGCCAAAGAUGUCGUUCCAAAGGAACAAAAAUUGCCGUACGAUCAGUUUGGCCUUCUCUACGGCAAAAACGGCACUCAUCCCGAUACCUACACCAUCUUCACUGGUGCUACUGAUAUCACUAAAUAUGGACUGGUUGAUCGAUUCAAUGGGAAGAAUAGUAUUGGACAUUGGACAACUCCAGAGUGUGAUACACUGCUCGGUGGUGAUGGCAGUAUUUUUCCACCGCAUAUUACCAAACAAACUCUUCUCAAGAUCUUCGACAAGGACCUCUGCAGAACUCUACCGCUCGUUUUCAAGGAGGAAGUUAUGACGAAUGGAGGAGUUCCCGGCUACCGUUUUACCCCACCAAAGGAUGUAUUUACAUCACCUGACAAGAAACCCUCUCAGUCGUGCUUCUGUCCAGGAGGUCCACCCUGUGCUCCAGAGGGAACUUUCAAUGUAUCCCUCUGCCAAUACGACUCACCUGUCCUCAUCAGCUUUCCCCACUUUUACCUGGCCGAUCCUGCAUUACGAGAAGCCGUAAUCGGUAUUUCACCACCAGAGGAAGAGAAACACGCUCUGUACAUCGAUGUUCAGCCACUGAUGGGGACAACCCUGAGAGCACGAGCUCGUGUUCAGAUCAAUCUUGCUGUGAGCCAAGUCAGGGACAUCAAACAGGUCGCCUCCUUCCCAGACAUAAUUUUCCCCAUUAUGUGGUUCGAGGACGCUGUUGAUGGGCUGGAGUCAGAAGUGAUAUCGUUGAUGAAAAUCGCAGUGGAUGUACCUCCAAUAGCUCGUGCAGCAAUUUCCGGGGCCCUAGCAGCUAUCGGUGUAAUAGUUCUGGUUGGAGCCCUUUUCUGUUUAGCGAGAGCAGCAAAACGUCAAGAGAAACUCCACCUCAGCAAUCCUCUGCCUCCAGGUGCCACCACGAAACAAGGAAAUCUCAAUCCUGCCUUCCAGGGUCCAAAGUAAACCCCAAAUAAAUGAAAUCCAAUGAUUAAGUCAAUACGAAACAGUACGAAAGACAGACUGGACUAUGGAAAGGGGAAAAUUGUGGAUUACCACUGGAAUUAUCAUGCAAUUGUUUGCGAAAUAAUUUUUUGUGCAAUUAUCGUGGGAAAGGUGAGUGAUUGCGGGAUGUACCACGACGAGACGUAAAGUGAAAGCUGAAGGGGAGGAAAGUUACGAACACGAGUCAUUCCUCCCUCUUCAAAUCCUUUACUCCUCGUUAUUUCAUAUCUCUAUUCCAACGAUUCUACUGGCUGAAAUACAUAUGGCGAGAUCAUUAGUCGUUGUAGGUCGGGGUCAAGAGAUUAAUGAAAUCUAUAAAUGGAAAAUGUUUUUUCUGUUUUUAUUUUACUACAUUAGGAAAUUCCGAAAUGACUCUCGUAUCGCUGAUAACAAUUUUUUAAAUGUCUUUUUUUUUGUCCGAUUUAAUAAACUGUGACGCAGAAAAAUUCCCGAUGAUUUCAUUGCGAUGAGAAUAAACAGAAAUUGACUUCCGAA